AUGGAUAUAAUUCAGCUAGGCGCUAGGGUGGAGGAUGAUUGGAGCCCGGCACUACAAACACUUGAGGGCCAUUCAAGUUCGGUUUGUUCAGUGGCCUUCUCCCCUGAUGGCCAAAUAGUGGCGUCAGGCUCCUAUGACGACACCAUCAAGCUCUGGGAUGCUAAGACCCGCUCUGAACUGCAAACACUUAACGGCCAUUCAGGUUGA